AUCUACCGGCCCGUCGUGCGAGUUUGUACCUGGGCUGAUUCCCAUUUUCCCGCUUUACUCAUUUGCAGCGUACCAGUCCGUGCACAUAACGAACCUAAACGUACCGAAGACGUACGUCCUCGAUCGGAGCACUUACGAUGUGGUCGGAUCCAGCACACCCCCGUCGGUGGUACAGUAUGGUGUGGGUGGUGAUGGGGAAGAUGACGAUGUUACCACCGGUCUGCCGAUGACAUCCACCACCGUUCAACAGCUACCCGUCAGCGUGUCUACAGUGCCGAGCGAACUGAACUUCACAAGCGACACCGGCCUGAAGCCACUCAUCAUGGACUGUCAGUAUGAGAUUAAGGCGCGCGAAUGCGGCUUCGUGCUCAAGUGGUACUUCAACAAGAAGCUCAUCUACCAGUGGAUACCGUCCCGGACACCGGUCGGAAUGAACCAGUUCAAGAACGAGCUGCAGACCAACUACUCGAUGUCCGAUUCCAUCAACUACAAGUACCGUGCCUUGGUAAUACGUAAUCCGAAGCUGAACCACAGCGGCGAAUACAUGUGUUCGGUGCAGACGUACGAUUCGUUCGAUCGGCGAAUGGCGCGGUUUCAGAUUGUCGUGCCCGAAAAAACGUUACUCCUACACUACGAAAAUGAUGGCGAAAGUGAUAACAUGCUAUUAAUCAAGUGCAGCGUGUUCAUGGUAUACCCCGAGCCGAACCUGCUGCUGAUCGUUAGCGGUAAUCUGUUCCUGGUCAGCUCGCGCACACUGGUCACCGCCGAUGCAAACCACAUGUACAAUAAGACCGUUUACGGGAAAAUCGAUAAACAUUUGCUCAUCUCACCGACCUCGAUCGGCUGCGUGCUGACCGUGCCCGAUUCCGGUUACAUCCGCAAGCGCGAAACCAUCUAUUACGAUCCGACGCCACUAACGAAAUGGAGUCGCCUACGGAUGGACGAACGGGGCCACUUUCAGCUGCUUUCCGAUGACGGUGCAGGCCAAUUAAAUCCACUUGCCGGUUGGUUGAUUAGUUUAAUUGUAUUUCUACAGCGCGCCGUUCUCUGGCGACACGACGCAGAUUCAAUGAAAUAGGAUAGUCCGUGAUGGACGUAGAAAGGGUUUUCAUUUCAUUUUGAGUGAUUAGUUAUUCAGUCGAUAGAAAACAAAGAAAAAACAAUGUGUAAGAAUAAAGGAAAUAGAA